AAUUUUGAUACUUAUAAAUUCAUGUUAAAUUCCUCGGGACAUAUAAAUCAUUAAACUUAAUUGUUAAAACUACAAUUCUAAACUGCAACUAAUGUUGGUUCAUUUUUUACCUCAACCUAUUUGAAAGAUGAUAUGAUUCAGAGCAACACUACCAUUUUGUCAUUCCAUAACAUAUAUUAUUUGAUUCCUUACUAUAUCCUAUUAGUCAUUUUAUGUAUAAACCUAACCCCCGUUUCAGCCUUUAAUUUGGAUAUCGAUAUUCCUAUUAUAAAAACGGGUUUAACUAAAAGUUAUUUCGGGUUUUCUGUAGCGCAACACAAGAUUCGCUUAAGAUCAAAUAAAUACGAAAAUGUGAUGCUGGUCGGGGCUCCGCUAUCGAAUUAUAUAGGAAAAGUUGUAGAAAAUCCUGGAGCUAUUUACAAAUGCCCACUGACUCCUAGAAUGGAUGAUUGCUUGCGGGUUAAAGUUGAUGACAACCUACCUCCUGAUAAAGAUGAAAAUAGGAAUAAUCAAUGGCUUGGUGUUACGAUCAAAAGCCAUAAGAAUGGAGAAUCUGUUGUGACAUGUGGACACAGAUAUUCAAGAAGUGGCUCUGAUUACCAUUGGGGCUUUGGCAUAUGUUAUUCACUAUCUUCAUCUCUUGAAUACGAAGAAGUGUAUUCACCAUGUGUUGGUAGACCUGUUUUUAAAGCCCAUCAGCAAUUUGGAUAUUGUCAAGCUGGAACAUCAGUUUUUAUUUCAACCAAUGACGAUUUAAUCAUAGGUGCCCCAGGGUCUUACACUUGGACAGGUGCUCUCUUCAAAAAUAACAUUGCAUCGGGUAUAUUCGCUGACAAGAGAUGGUUUUUUACUCCAUUGGAAGCUCCCGAUUUAGUGCCAGUACCUCAUUAUAGUUUUUUAGGUAUGUCAGUGUUAUCAGGACAAUUUUUUGGCGAAGCUUAUUCGUACGUAAGCGGGGCACCUCGAGCUAAUGGCACAGGCCUGGUUGUUAUUUUUAAUAAAGGCAAUCUCACAUUCUCCACCACAUUGGUUCCAGUUAUAACUUUAAAGGGAAAGGAUGUUCUGGGAUCCGGAUUUGGGUACGAAUUAGCGGCCCUCGACUUUAAUACUGACGGUUAUCUAGAUUUAUUGGUCGGUGCUCCUUUUUACUAUGAAACGAAUGAUGAAUCGGUAGGGGGCGCUGUGUAUAUAUACCUCAAUGGACCAAAUGGGUUAAACGAAGAUAACCCCAUAAUUCUUACCGGUAAAAAUGAAUCCAUGUUUGGGUAUUCAAUAUCCUCAAUAGGCGAUGUAAAUCAAGAUGGUUACGAAGAUAUAGCAAUAGGUGCCCCGAACCAGGAUAAUGGUUUAGGAGCAGUUUACAUAUAUCACGGAGGACACGACAAAAUUGAUAAACACUUAGCUCGUGCACCUGCUCAAAUUAUUACCCCAUCUAGCCUUAGAUAUACGGAUACUCAGUAUUUUGAAUCGCUUUUAAACCAAAAAGAUGGCCAAUACUCUUUCCGCGAUAAAAGAGGAGAAAAUGAAAUUUUAGCAUUUGGUCAUUCGUUGUCUGGAGGUAUUGAUAUGGAUUCUAAUGGAUAUCCGGAUCUGCUGAUUGGUUCUUAUCGAUCGGACAGAAUAUUUUUGUUAAGAUCUCGUCCAAUAAUCAACGUAUUUUCUGAUGUUCGGGAACUUCCAAACGCGUUAGACCCUCAAAAUCCGUCGGCCUUUUCUUGCCCUGACUCCUUUAAAAAUAAUUACUCAAGUUCCAAUGCUAAGCGACGGAAUAUGGAAAUUUGUUUUCCUAUCAAGGUAUGCUUCCGGUUUGGGGCUCAUCCUUCUUCAACCUUCAAUUCGGGAUUAAUGAUCCGUUACACACUAAGAGCUGAAAAAUUUGGGUUGGAUAUCAAAAAACCUUUUUCAAGAAUUAGUUUUUUACCUCGAAGUUCUAAUGAAUUAAAUUAUGACUGGGCAGUUCUUCCAUUCGACGCCACUCCACCCGAAGAUAAAAGUUUUAUGACGUCAAAUAUUCUCAAAUUGGCCCCACAAAUUUCUCAUCAAUAUGUAUGCGAUGUUAAGGUGGCUUUUCUUAAGCCGGACACCAAAGACUUUCUUCGACCAAUUUCUUUUCAAUUGACGGUUAAUCUGACUUCAAGCAUUCCUGAACAGUUUACAGAUGAAUUAUUAGUCGAUAUAAAUACCUAUCCAAUAUUAAAUCAAGAUGUGGCUAUUAAAACUUUUCAAGUUCAGUUUUUGAAAGAUUGUGGUGAAAAUGAUAUAUGCGAGAGUGAAUUACAAUUAGAAACUUUGUUAAAGUUACCAUUAUCAAGAGAAAAGGUUCCAAUUUUGACCUUAGGUCAGAACAAAGAACUUAGUUUACAAACAUCAGUCGAAAAUUUUGGUGAAGCUGCCUAUGAAACAGAAUUGUUUGUUCAUUUUUCUAGUGGCAUAAACUAUAUUGGCGUUAAAGUGCCAUCUAUAUUAUUUUCAAAUAACAAAAAAUUAAAGAAUUAUUUGUGUUCAUUAAUCAAUGAAACAUUGAUAAAGUGUGAAAUCGGAAAUCCACUUAAAGCGGACGACAGAGUGGAGUUUGUAUUUAAUUUUGAUGUCACAACACUCAAACUCGAAGACAAUAAUAUUACAUUUUUCGUCAAUGUUACAACAACAAGUUCGGAUAAAAAUAUAUAUCCAAAAAAUUUUUCCCGCAUGGCAUUAAUAAUUAUCAAAUCGGAAAUCAGUUUAACUGGUGUUUCCUCGCCCGAACAAAUAUUUUACGGAGGGAUUAUUAAAGGCGAAAGCUCAAUGGUCUAUGAGAGAGAUGUAGGCAAUUCAAUCGAACAUCGGUAUAUAGUUAUUAACCAUGGACCUGGUACCAUUGGUUCAUCGUACGUUGAUGUUAUGUGGCCUUAUGAGGUAGAAAAUAAAAGGAAACACGGCAAAUGGCUCUUGUAUAUGACUAGAUAUCCUUGGGUUGAUGGAAAUGGUAUGUGUGAAAUCGAUUCUAAUUUUGUUAACCUCUUAAAAUUAGAACUUGAGACACCGUCACUUAAAAGCAACCUCACCAAAAAUAAAACCAAAAAUGAUUAUUUACAUGUAUCAACAUCUAUCGUCAAAAGAUUUAAGCGAAAAAUCAAAAAAAUAUUCACAAAAAUAGUUACUAGAAACAAACGAGAAUUAAUUAUAUUGCCUGAAGCAAAAAUGUUGGGAGGAAAACUGAAAAAUAUUGUUACUAUGGAUUGUCUAAAAGGGACUGCUAAAUGCGUAAAAUUUACGUGUCAUAUUGGAGAAUUGUCUUCCUCGGAAAGUAUUGUCAUACAUUUACAAUCUAGAUUAUGGAACUCUACUUUAGUCGAAGAUUAUCCCUUGAUAGAUGCUGUUGCUAUUAUAUCUCGCGCAUUUCUUUACAUUGAUAAAAAAUAUCACGUUGAACAAAAUAUUAGCAAUGAUGAAGCUUAUAUUGAAACGAUAGCUUAUCCAGAUCUUGAUGUUAUCACGGAACACAAGGAAACCGAGCCUUGGAUAAUUAUAGUUGCAAUAUGUUCUGGGAUAUUUUUGUUCUUUUUAAUUACCAUCCUUCUCUGGAAAAUUGGCUUUUUUAAACGAAAAAUCAUGAAACCACCACACAGCGCUCGACUUGAAAAGGCUCGUUACGAUGACAUGAACGAUUUAUAAAGCAUAAAAUUAUCUCAGAUUUUUUUCAAGAGGAUAACGCGAUUUAUAAAUAUCUCAAAUAUAUGCUCAAUAAUAUAAUUGGCAUUCCAAUUUAAAUUUAAAUAUGAAUCUCCUUUUGUUAUAGACGUAUAAAUGGUUUUAUUAAUGUAAAAAAAAUAAUCGAAUAUUGAUAAAUGCAUAUUGUUUUAUUUUUCGGGAAAAACUAAAGCAAUUAAUAGUUUUAUAAUUAACAAAAAAAUGUAUUUUAAUUAUAGUAUUCUAUCAAU